CUUUCAAAUGUGCUUGCUGUUGGAAUGUGGAGAAACAUUGAAAAUUUCUCCAUCAAUAACCCCGUUGUUUCCUACAGGCCUACAAAUCAUCAAUACAAAAUGAAUUUCAUUUAUGGCACUGAUAUCACUCCAUCAACAAUCCAAAACGACAGCAUGUUCCUGAGUUUGGUGGAUUUUCAAACUAUUCAGAGUGGAGUGGAAGAUCCAAACAUCUUAAUUGAUGUUAUUGGACAAGUGUCUGAUUUGGGAGCUCUUGAGACAGUUCAGUGCUCGGGUAAACCAAGAAAGAAAAUCGAAUUCAGUUUGACAGACCUUGUUGGCCGUAGGAUGACUUGCUGUCUGUGGGGAAAGUUUGCUGAAAGCAUUAAAGCUAACUGUGAUGCAGCUGGUGAAGAUUCGGUUAUAUGCCUCUUACGUUUUGUGAAAAUUGGGACUUAUAGAAAUGAGAUUCAAAUUUCAAACUCAUAUGAUGCUUCUCAAGUCUUUUUCAACCCGCCAAUAAUGGAGACUGAGGCAUUUUUGAAAAGGGAUGUUGCAUCCAAUGCACUGACGUUGAUUGAAUCCAACCAAGACAAACUUGAGAGGGAGAUAAGACGCGACCCUUGGAUGCAAUACCCAACUAGAGACAUUGCAGAGCUACGUCAAUCAACUCAGACUGAGCAAUGCAGAGUCAUUGCCACAAUCUAUGCUAUUGACAAGGAUUGGGGAUGGUACUAUUUUGGAUGCAAAACUUGCCAAAAAAAGGUCACCCAGAUAUCGAGAACAGUUAAAAUCGUAAAUGGAAAUGAAACUGUAACUCAUGUGUGGUACUGUGAAAAGUGUGAUGAUAAAGUUACAGAAGUUUUACCAAAGUUCAGGAUUCAUGUAUGGGUUAAAGAUGGUACUGGAGAAGCUUACCUAAUGCUAUUUGACUGGAUUGCAAGCGGAAUUGUUCCUGAAAAUGUUGCUGACUUACUCAACGGUUCAUUUGAUGAGCUAAAAGAUGUUGAGUCUUUUCCUGAGACUAUUACUUCUUUGAUUGGGAAGACUUUCAUGUUUGGAGUUUACAUUGAGAGUAGCAAUGUUAGUAGCAAGGGUGGGAUGUAUAAAGUUGGUAAAGUGUGGAAAGAUCUGAGUAUGCUACUGACUGUUGGUAGCACCACCGAAUCAUUUACUCAGUCUGAUGUUGGAACUACUAAUUUAAGUUGUUCACAGGGUUCGAUUUUACUAACGGACAGUCAAGCAAAUGAAGACACUGUGGUAACCCCAUCAUCAAAACGCAAAGAACAUUCCAAUGAAGGUGAGCCUGACAUAAGUUCUACAACAAAGAAGCACUGCACCAGAGUAUUUGUGAAGAAAGAAAAGACCACUAAAGAGGGGCCAAACACCAAAAAAAGUGGCUAAUGAAGUGUUCAAUGUUGCUUUUUUUUUUUUUUUUGUUGGCUUUACUUUAAAAUAAGUGCUGAUUUGCUCAAUUGUUUCUGUUAUUUCAACUUUUAUUUGCAAUAAAGAUCUCAAAUAUUAUAAUUUCUUUACAUUUUUCUAUUUUAAUUCACAGUAAAAAUAUAAUUAAACUUUGUCAUUCCAAAUUCCGAGAUUUUUAAAUUUAUGAUAUAUAUUAACGACACAUAUAAUACUUUCUGGACAUCUACUCAAAAUGUCAUAUAAUUUAUUUGGUAUUAAAACUUAUAUAAACGAUUUCAUGUUGAUUAUAGAUAUCUUCUUAUAUAUAGGAAACUAAACUUAACGUAUAGUUUUUAAUUAUUCAAUAAUAAACGACAUCAGUAAAACUAAGCCACGUUCAUAAAAAAGCUAACCCUAACACUCAUUACAGAACAACGAUGGUUUCCAAUAUCUAACCCAUGGAAAACUAACUUCUCUAUACACAGUUACCUACACAACCAAACAUGAAGA